CUCAUACCAGCCCAGACACAACCCGACCUUGACGUCGUCGAACAUCAAGGAAUCAUUGGCCGUGCAGGAGUUGACUUUCCGGCGUUCCCGAGCAUCCCCAAUACAGGAUUCAAUUGCAAGAAUGUACCAACUGGAUACUACGCAGACCUGGAGACCGAUUGCCAGGUUUUUCACAUCUGUGACACAUCUCGUAAGAUCUCGUUCCUGUGCCCUAACGGUACCAUCUUCAGCCAGUCGCACCUGAUCUGUGACUGGUGGUUCAAGGUGGACUGCGCCUCCGCCCCCGCCCUCUAUGAGUCCAGCGCAGAAUACUACUCAAACGAGCAGAAGAAGACCCAGAGGGUGACCCCCAGUCCAGUCAAGAUCCCUAAUCUCCAGCACAUCGAAGAGUCCAGCAUCAGGCCUGAACCAAAACGUGCACCUAUUCCGAAUACUACUGAAAAACUACUCAGACAUCAAAAAUAUAAAGUCGACAUUCCACCUAGCGGUUUUAAAUCAGCCAGAAGAUUCCAAACUUUAUUCUCUGAACCAAAUCCUACUCAGAAAACUCAAGGCACCACACCAGUCGAAAGCAAGAAGAAUUUAGUGCAACUGAUAGCUAAUAACUUCGGUAAUGUUCCAAAAAGGACCACUGUACCGAUAUUUGAGUAUUCUACUAGACGCAAUUUUAUAGGUUUAAAUGAAAUGCAGGUCGCGGCAGAAACAGCCUCGUUCGCACGCAAUCAGAACCGCCAGUACUUACAGGACUACAACAAGACCUAUCGACCUUACCCAGUCUACACUCCGAACCUCACGUCAGCACCGGAGAAAACAAAAGCCAAUUCAAAUCUAACUACGCUAUAUAACUUGAGAGAUAAAUAUUUACCAGAAACAACAAUAAAACCAACAACAAAACCAGUAACUUCAGCUCCAUAUAGCAAAAGUUACACCGAGAUUAAUUACAAGCAAGAACCGUACACGAGACCCGGUAUAUCUUCACUAAAAGAGUUUCUUGAAAAAGAAAAAAAUAAAACUUUAGGUAAACCGACUCAGACUGAAAAGUUCGUUGAAGCUUUUACUACAACAAGCAAACCAAACAUCGAACCUGAAGAUAAGAAACUUACUAUUGAAACAAAGAAUAGUUUUGAGUCUGUUACCAAAAUACCAGAUGUGACACGUGAAGAUGAUGACUACAUCGAAUCAUCGUCAUCGGAUAGAGUAAACUCUUACACAACAAACUUCGUUCCAGAAACAACUGAACCAUCGUAUCAAGAACGUAGAGAAAGGUUGAUAAGUAAACUUAACUUCCAAGCUUACGGACCUACAGAACCCACAUUCAAAGCGACCUUAACUGAGAAAUACUACGGCAAUUUGUCAAACAGACCAGGACUUAUUGUACCUCCAUCACUUACACCUAAAACCCUCCACUCUCUCGCCAUUUACUACGCAACUGGGCUGGAUAAUUUCGCAACAACCGCAACACCGGAAGAUGACGAAAGUACUACUACAACAUUCGAUGAAUACGAUGCCGUAGAAGACGGUUUGCCGGCAUUAUUUCGUCAGCACACUGUUAACAAAUAUAGUAGCCUAUUCGCACAUGGUACUAACGAUGUAGAUCUACGAGAAAAUAUGAAACUUGACCCUAAUAGUACUUAUAAUGAACUAGUAGAUGACCUCUCUACACAAAUGAGUCAGAACCCGCUCGCAACGUCCCCACAAAUCAGAGAACUGGCACAAGUAUUUACACACGCUUUAUCAGCGUAUCUUCAAGAUCCAGUACAAUUUAGGAAGGUCCUAUCAGACAUAAGGCCGACGCCACCUAACUUUAGAGAUAUGCUGACAACGGAUGAACUGUUAUAUAAUACUGAAGCCACAACUACUGUAAAUGAAGAUGACCAAGAAAUAUUAGGAUUUUCCGAUGAACACAAAGUUAAAGCGCCCUCGACUGCUGCACCUUCCAAAGAACCUUUCACAACCUCAAGCCCUUUUACAAAUACUGCCGCAGUUCAGAUUAAUACAUUAUCAAACAAACUCGAAGAAAAUAUUGUUUCUACCACAGAAGGCAAUGAUAGGAUGCAAAGAUUCGGAGGGUUCCAAAACAAUAAAUAUCAGGAAAAUGGAAAAAACACAGAAUCAUUUGACGAUUACGCUGAAAUAACAAAGUUACCUUCGGCUUGGGGAAUCGAUGCAACUUUAGCGCCCACCACAAAGGGCAAUAUUUUCGAAAGUAAGAGAAUUAGAUAUACAGGUGUAUUUCCUGAAACCACGCCUGUAUAUUUCACUGAAACCGAAAAUUUCGAAUUGGACAACGAGGAAGAAUUACAAAGAGCUCACAGUCAAUCAUUCAUUGCACCACAAAGUAACAACGUUAGACAAGGGAAACAACUCAGUUUCGAAACAAAAGGAAACGUUAAAAAACCAUCUGAAAACUUGGAGGCCCCUACACAAUCUAGUAUAGAAACUACUACACUCCCAACAACUACGGACUCUACAACAACAUUAAAGGAUCAGCCAGAAUCCUUACCUACCAUAUCUUCGAUCUCUAACAUAUUCACGUCACCUGACAGCGACAGGACUACAUACCAAUUACCAACAACUUAUGAAAAUUGGCAAAGCACUAUUAUGUUAGAUCCUAUAACACUAAACGACGGUCUGAGCUUGACAGGAGCUGAUCACAAUGAGACAGAUCAUGAACAGCAGACCAGUUCUUGGUCAUUGACCACAGUUACAACACAGGAACCUGAAUAUACAGAAACAAGUGAACCCUCAACGACUGCAAUCGGUCUAGCUACGCUCAGCGGUAGAACACAAGAAAGAUAUGGUAGACUACUAAAAGAUUCAACGACAAACACACCUCAAGAAAUAACAACAGAUACAGUGGUUGAACAAGCAAAGGAAAUUAUGGGAGGAAUGAACGCGACGACUACUGAAAAAUUAAUGAACGUUAUGAUGAAGACGAAAUCAAAAACGGUAAAGAGAUUGAUUUUAUUGUUGAUCCAGACAUGUGAUGAUGAUCAUAAUUCCACAGCUGAAGCCUCUAAGAAGGCAUUGCUUGAGGCUUUAAUGGCAGUCUCUAAGAAAGAUAUGGAAGAAGUGGCCAAAGAACAAGCGGCGACUGAGACUCCGACUACAACGCCUGAAUAUGAUUACGUUAAAACGACUUUAUUCAGAAGGCGAAUGGAUAGUUACCCAGAGAACAUUGAAAAUGAUAGAAGAGGUAAAAGUUUGAAGUUCGACGCCAGCGCUAUCAAUUCUUUAUCGCAAUCUACGACAGAAAGCUUUAAAACUGAUGAAACGGAAACACCUACGACGGCGAUUCCUACAACUGUAGGUGUUCCUAAAAUUAACAAAAAGAUUGCAACAAAAACAAUAGAAAAUGCUAACUAUCCAACAAACACGCCUUCAGCACAGGCUAGAGUUGCAUUACAACCUGUAAAUGGAAAAGGCACGUCGGAUACAAGAGCUUUAGAAUUGUUAAGAUCGCUUUACACUAUCGCCGCUAGAUGGGGUUGAAGAGAGAAAAAUAAAUGAAGGUUAAGAAAAUUAAUUAAGGAAUUGUUGUUUAUUCUAAUUUCUUGCUUUUGAUGGACAAUUAGUGGUUAAGAAUUCGUACAUUUAAGUAAAUAAUGAGUGUCUUUGCUCAUUUUUAAAUAGCAUUUUAUGUUUCAUAAACACAUGUAAAAACGCAGAAUUUAACCUAUAAUCGAGAUAUUUAAAUAUAGUUAUAUAUAAAAAAACAGUAUUCGAGAACUGAACAAUAGCAAAGUUGUUUAAAAGAAUAUAACAUUGCCUCUCUGAUGUUAAUAAACAAAAAAUAUUAAGUUGCAUUUGUGCGUAAGUAUUUGAAAAAAAAAUUAUGCAAAUAUUCGUAAAUAACAGUUACAGAGCGGCUUUGUUACAUUAUUUACAAAAGUAGUAAUAGUAAUUUUUGCAGAAAUUUUAGGUUUUUCCUUGCGUAUCAUAUGCGUAUCGUAAGCAUAAAUUCACUUAGUUAUGAAAGUACCGUAAUUUGUUUAAAUCUACCCAAUUAAGUACAUUUUAAAGUUAAUUUAUUAUAAUUUGUUGUAAUUAAGCGACUAUUAAGAUAAAUAAAUAUAUUAUAAAUUUAUCUCCGAGUUACCUACUAUUUAGUCUUUUGUAUACAAUUUAUUGUUACACUG